AUGGUCAUGGACGAAGAUUCGGAUGUGGUCGAGAUCAUCGAUCCUCCGUCUACAACACCCUUGAAGCUGGCUAUUGGCCCUCCAGGUAAACGACGCAAGAUUAUUGAGAAACCCUCGUCUGACGACGAGGCCAUCCAACAUCCCAACCGUUCCCGUUCAAGCUCGUCGGACUCUGUGCCUCUCGCUAGGCCUUUGCGUGCAGACAAGGGCAAGGCUCGCGCCAAGACGCCUCCGCUUGUUGCAGGUUCAUCUCGAGUUGACAAGGGAAAGGCUCGGGUGAGGACUCCUCCUACUACUCGUAGUUCCACCAAGCGUACUGCCGUUAAGCCACCGGUGGUCAAGCAGAAGGAAACUUCUGUUCAACCCAAGCGUUGCGGUCGCCCUCGUAAGAAGUCUCCCGUUAUCUUCCAAGAGCCCAUCGUGUUCGACAAGAAGCGAUUUAAACGUGCUACCGCUAGAUUUGGGCUUAAAGAGCUCCCCGCGGUUCUUAAGGGUACACAAAUCCACAUGCCCGAACCUUGCCUUCAGUGCUCCGCGCGCAAGGAUUCCGCUGUCAAGAACUGCACCUUUCGUGGGUGGGGCACUCCCUGCGGUCCUUGCGAUGUAGUGCAUGUUUCUUCGUGUGAAUACUAUCUGAAUGAUGAAUGCCGAGGGGCUGUCAGGGAUGUCAUCCGUAACCGGUUGGCUAUUCAUGCGCCUUCAGCUAUAUCUGCACUGAUGGAGUCCAUCAAAGAAGACGCGCUUCAUAUGCGCACCCUAUCCGUGGUCCUUGAGGCCAUUCGCAAUCGUCGUGAUGCCAAUCUUCGAGAGUUCGCAAACGCCAUCGCGGACCUGUGUCUCACCGCCGAGCCUGGAACUCUUCUAGGCACUGUUUUCGAGACUCGCGAGGAGUUCGGCUUGUGGUACAGCUUCGUUCAAGACUUUGUAGAUACUCAGGGGGUCCCAGUGCCUGCGGGUUCAACGACGGCCGAUUUGGAGAGACUCGUCUCGCUUUUUCAGCGAGACGAUUCUCCUCCCAUUGCUGGGCCUUCAUCUCUGACACCUCGUCAAUGCCGUGUCUGCUCGCUGUCCCUUAUUCCUUCUAUCGCCGUUGCUUCGCCUGGUCUUCCACCUUCUGCCCAUUCUCAGGAGGAGGAGGAGGAGGUUAUCGACGAGCUUGUUGACGAGGAAAUCUUGACUUUCUCUUUCUUGAACUUUGAGAUUUGUUCCUAA